GGUUUCCACUCUAUUCUAAGCCCUCUCUAUGCUGCUGGAGCUGGUGACAGGAAAGGGACUCCAGCCCCCUGCUCUCCAUCAGCCUCCCUUUCCCACUGCCAUCAAUUAUUCAUCAGCCCAGACGCCCGCCCUCCCUGGCAGGGCAGGCUGGUCCUCCUCCCAUGCCCCGCCCAGCCACACUGCCACAGAGGCCCUGUGAGGAAGGACGGCCGGCCAGGCUGUGGAGACCUGGUUGAAGAGCUGGGUGGCUGGCUCUGCUGGACUCUGCCAGGGUCACAUUGCCUUCCCCUCUGGCACCUUCCCCCUUCCUCCUGCCAGUCCCUGGCACCAGGAAGCCCCUGGAGAAGAUGCCCAUCCAGAUCUUCUGCUCCAUGUCAUUCUCCUCUGGAGAGGAGGCCCCAGGGUCCUUGGGAGAUAUCUGGGGUCCCCACCACCAUCAGCAGCAGCGGGACAACUCAGAAUCAGACAAGGAGGAAGAGAAGGAAGAGGAAGCAGCGAGGAAGGAGGCCAGCGAGGGGCAUUCACCCAUGGACUUGGUGGCCUUCGCCAAUAGCUGCACCCUCCAUGGCACCAACCACAUCUUUGUGGAGGGGGGUCCAGGGCCAAGGCAGGUGCUGUGGGCAGUGGCCUUUGUCCUGGCACUGGGUGCCUUCCUGUGCCAGGUGGGGGACCGCGUUUCUUAUUACCGCAGCUACCCACACGUGACCCUGCUAAACGAAGUGGCCACCAGGGAGCUGGCCUUCCCAGCGGUCACCCUCUGCAACACUAAUACCGUGCGGCUGUCCCAGCUCAGCUACCCCGACUUGCUUUAUCUGGCCCCCAUGCUGGGACUGGAUGAAAGUGAUGACCCUGGGGUGCCCCUCGCUCCACCGGGCCCUGAGGCCUUCUCUGGGGAGCCCUUUAACCUGCAUCGCUUCUACAAUCGCUCCUGCCACCGGCUGGAGGACAUGCUGCUCUAUUGUUCCUACCAAGGGGGGCCCUGCGGCCCUCACAACUUCUCAGUGGUCUUCACACGGUAUGGAAAGUGCUACACGUUCAACUCAGGCCGAGAUGGGCGGCCGCGGCUGAAGACCAUGAAGGGUGGGACAGGCAAUGGGCUGGAAAUCAUGCUGGACAUCCAGCAGGACGAGUACCUGCCUGUGUGGGGGGAGACCGACGAGACGUCCUUCGAAGCAGGCAUCAAAGUGCAGAUCCAUAGUCAGGAUGAACCUCCUUUCAUCGACCAGCUGGGCUUUGGCGUGGCCCCAGGCUUCCAGACCUUUGUGGCCUGCCAGGAGCAGCGGCUCAUCUACCUGCCCCCGCCCUGGGGCACCUGCAAAGCUGUUACCAUGGACUCGGAUUUGGAUUUCUUCGACUCCUACAGCAUCACCGCCUGCCGCAUUGACUGUGAGACCCGCUACCUGGUGGAGAACUGCAACUGCCGCAUGGUGCACAUGCCAGGGGAUGCCCCAUACUGUACUCCAGAGCAGUACAAGGAGUGUGCAGAUCCUGCUCUGGACUUCCUGGUGGAGAAGGACCAGGAGUACUGCGUGUGUGAAAUGCCUUGCAACCUGACCCGCUAUGGCAAGGAGCUGUCCAUGGUCAAGAUCCCCAGCAAAGCCUCAGCCAAGUACCUGGCCAAGAAGUUCAACAAGUCUGAGCAAUACAUAGGGGAGAACAUCCUGGUGCUGGACAUUUUCUUUGAAGUCCUCAACUAUGAGACCAUUGAACAGAAGAAGGCCUAUGAGAUUGCAGGGCUCCUGGGUGACAUCGGGGGCCAGAUGGGGCUGUUCAUCGGGGCCAGCAUCCUCACGGUGCUGGAGCUCUUUGACUACGCCUACGAGGUCAUUAAGCACAAGCUGUGCCGACGAGGAAAGUGCCAGAAGGAGGCCAAAAGGAGCAGCGCAGACAAGGGCGUGGCCCUCAGCCUGGACGACGUCAAAAGACACAACCCAUGCGAGAGCCUCCGGGGCCACCCUGCCGGGAUGACAUACGCUGCCAACAUCCUACCUCACCAUCCGGCGCGAGGCACGUUCGAGGACUUUACCUGCUGAGCCCCGCAGGCCGCUGAACCAAAGGCCUAGAUGGGGAGGACUAGGAGAGGGAGGGGGCCCCCAGCUGUCCCCACAUCUGCCUUGGGGACUCCCCACACUCCGGGGCAGAUCUUUCCUCUUGUCUGUGGUGAGGAAGGAGUCGUGACCAUAGAGUCCUCUCCCUGCCUCUAUCCCAUUCUUUUUACAUUCAACAAAACUAAUCUAAAAAAAAAAACUAAAAAGGGAGAAUGGGGCAAGGGACCUCAGGCUGCCCCUCUCUCCUCCAUGCUGCCUCCCCUAGCUCCCAGCCUGAAUUCUGUCUGUCUGGCUGUCAUCUGAGUGUCCACCUACAUUCUGCUGCCACCAGUCACCAAAGCCCCCUCCCAGUGAGGGGUGGAAGGGAUCCCUGGGGCCUGGAAUUUGGCCCCAAACCAGAGAAUGUACCUUAAGAGGGAGGGCUAGUGUGGGGGAGGGCGGCUUCCCCAGCCUUAAGAGACCCUCUCAGCCCAGUGACUGUCCCCAGACCCAAGUCUCCUGGCAGGAACUAAAACCUCAGCCCCACUCUCUCACACCAUGUGGAAUCUCAUGGGGGUCGGGGAUCCCCUGAAGAAGUAGAAACGGGGACAAGAUGUGGCCCUGGUGCUGUAGGCUACAUCCUGAUACCUAUAAGUACCCCCCCCAACCCACAGCUGCUGGAGAGAAAUCCCAAGAGGUAGCCCUCCCUCACCAUCCCAUAAAAGACCUGGCUGGUUAGCGUCCAGCUCAGGGAGAAGGGCGCUGGUGCCCAACCUCACUGGUCCCUCUCCCGGAGGCCCUUGUAGAGGGCCACGUCCAUAAAUUUUCUUAUGGAACUCUCCCACAUCCUCUUCCCCAACUUCAUUUGCUUCUCUCAACAACCUCAUCUGCAUUUUCUAUUUCUAUAUGAUACAGACUCUAUAUUGCUAUAUCCCUGUAUAUACUUUCCCCAGCCCUGUCUGUCUUCACCCCAUCCCCUCUUGUCUCUGAGAACCAUUCUCCCUCCCCAACUUCCAACCUUCUGUGUUUCUGCCCCCUUUCUGGUCUCUGAAUGCCUUCGCCUGUAUAAAGAGUUGGACUCUCUCCCCUGGUGUCUGUACUGUGUACACACAUCCCUCUGAGAAGCACAAGGAGACGACACGCGCAUUGUAACCUUUGCACUGUCUCAGUGGCGACAAAGGAAGCUGUGAAUCACAAGCUCUGCCUCUUUCUGGCCUCACCCUCUCCCCAAACCUGGGCACCCUCGGCUCUCCCUGCAGCCUUAACAUUCCCUUCCCCUGCUCCUUCUAUCCCGUUGCCCUUUGCCCAGCUGACCGUGGCAUCCCCAGGGAAGGGGUUGCUGUAGAAAUAGCCUCUACCCAGGGGAUGGAGUUCUGCUCUGAACACUAAGCUGAGCGUGUCAGAGAUGGAAGGGAGCUGCGGACGGGCGACUCCUGAAGCUGGGGCAGUGGGAUGCUGACAGGGAGAAGCUGAGGUCCUCAGUCAGUGGCCUUUCCUCCUUCUGGGUGCCCAGCCACCUCUUCUCACCUGAUACCCAAGCCCACCACUUUUAUUUUCUGGCAAGGUGGGCUUGGGAGGAAAGAGAGGCCUAGAGGAGGAGUUGAAAGCUCUGCUGUUCUGUCCCUCCCUAUCUUAAUGAGAGACAAGUGAGGUGGAGGCCCACCCCCGCUCCCUCCACCAGACACUCCUCCCAGGCCUGAGCCCCAACCCCUCUCCAGGCCUUCUUUCCCCAGAUGUGUCUUGGUCUCCAAUCCCAGAUCAGGACCUGUGGGCAGGUCACCUGUGCAUUGACCUGGGGCUGGAGAGUAAGGCUGUCGGAUCUUUGGAAACUCUUGGUUCCUAGGAGUUUUUCAGAGAUCAUACCUCCCCAGAGGGAAGCAGGAAUGAGGCCAAAAAGUGUGCACUGGAUAGGGGAACAGCAGGCAGGGCUCCGGGUGACGCAUGCCUCUGGUCUAAUAAACUGGGUUUCAACCA